UUAUGUAAAUAGUGGAUAGUAUAGAGCUUGUAUUCAGUUGAGCUCGAGCGCUCUCAUAAGAGAUUGGAACAGAUUCAGCCAUGAAUCAUUGAGAGUGGGCUAAUAAGCAACUCCACGGGAGGUCGCUGUGGUGUAGGGAGGGAAAUAACCAGGAAGGUAUCUAGGCCUGUCAAAGGAUGAGGUCCCCUAAAAACAUGUCUCACACAGCUUAUAUGGAGGCAAGAUCGUCAAAAGACGAGUUGGAGACCAUCACAAUGUCCCGCGUACGAACAAGCGCAGGACCUGUUUUGCUCGGGUCGCAGGUCCAAUCCAGUUGUCGAUCACAAAGGAUCCGUGAUGCGUCUAUAGCGUUCGGCACGAGAGUCGCAUAAUUCCAUCGUGGACCCUCAGACCAGAGUCAGCCGCUUUUGAUUUAUAAGGUGUUACUAGGAGAAGCAUUGACCCCCGAGAAGGAUCACUGUUGGAAGGGCACCAUCAUCG